AUGCUGUUUUUAUCACGGGUGAGCAACCACGCCGUAAAGGAGCCCGAGAAGCGAGACUGGAAUGAAGAGUUCCAGAAGCUGCUGGAGUUCCCAACCAACACGCCUCAGGAGGCGGCAGAGCGGGCCAUGGCGAUCAAGAGUUUCGCUGAUGGCUUUGUCAAGACAGCGCGCCCAAUCGCGCAGACCAUCAUCAGGGAGAGAUCUCAGCCGGUGCACACACAAACUUACAAGCCUGUGCCCGAUGGCAAGGCAGCAACCUACAAUGUCGAUGGCAUGACGUUUCAGUUCCCCACGGGCAGCGACGGCUACCCGUCCACGGCGGAAGAGGACCUGAAGAAAGAAGGACACUACAUGAAGUCACUCAUCGCCUUGCUGUCAAGCGGAGUGGAUCGAGUCGCCCUGCCCAUGACUUGCCUCGUCCAGCACUUGGGUUUUGCUCUGCGGGUGAGCUCAAGUGCGCCCUUCGGCCAAGCGGACCUGGUUUACGGGGCGGAAGAAGGCGAGGACUUCAAGGACACCAGUCCGACUGGGCGAGCCAUAGUGACGAACAUCUGCUCCGUAUUCAACAUCAAGCCCCAGAUCAUCGAAGCAGGUGGCGCGACUCGGGAGGUGUACAUACCAGGGGUGCGGGUCUACUUGGGCAAGGACGGCAGGUACUACUUCGCCUCGCUGGAGAACCUCCUGCCCCAGAUGCUGGAGCACGGUGCCGUGCUUCAUCGACAAUACAUACAGCGGCUGCCGAGCCCUCUGUCUGUCGGUGACAAAGAAGCAAUCAGAGCGGCCGGCAAACAGCUCGAGGAAGUCAACCUGGAGGCCUUCGCCGCUAAGUUGAGUGACCGUGAGUUCACGCUUACGCUCGCCCAGCUUUUUGACGAGCUCCACAAAGAAGGGAUCAACAUGUGCUUUCUCGGCCGACUGAGGAGCAAGGUCACGUCCAAGCGUAUUUCGCGUCUCCUGCUCGAGAAGGCUGUCACCCGAACCGUCAACAAACACCUUCACGAAAAGCUGAGAGCAACGGGUGACACCACUCCUCAGACUGUGCUCGUGGAGUACUUUGAUCUGGUUUUCAGGCCGAGCGAGGAGUCGACGGCGCUGUGGGAAGGCGAGAUUCGGCAGCGCCUGGAGACCAAGUUUCCCGGUGUGCUUUCGUCCGGUGAGAGGGCCUCGGAGUCUGGCUGGAAGCUGCGGGCGAAUGUAAAUAUGCGCGACCUGUUCGUGUCCCUCUCGCAGCGGAACGGAAUCCAAUGGAAGGAGGGCACCGCCGAGCGGGUCCUGGAGAACGGCGCGACCGAGAGCCUCGCCGACGCCUUUGUCGCCGCUGAAUCCACUGUGAAACGAUUCGAAGUCGCAUUCGGCGAGACCCUGCACGCCCUGGGGCGUUACGACGACUCAGAGCUGGUGCACAAGGAGAGAAUAGCUCAGAGGGAGGCCACGGGCGACCCCAUUCUCACCGCAGCCGCGGUGUUCCACCUGGCCUGCUUCUACAAGGCCAACGAACGGUACGGCGAUGCCGAGGAGCAGUUCAAGAAGAUGGUGUCGUUGGCCGAGAAGGUGCGGCCGCCGACCACCUCCGCCGCGGGCGGGCUAUCUUCGCCCCGUGGCGGCACUGCGGCCUCGUCGCGAGGCCAGGUCCACGUGGCUACGGCCCUCCUGCAUCUCGUGGACUUCUACUUCUUCUGCGGAAGGUUCAACGACGCGGAGCCGGUGCUGCAGCGAGCCAUGGACAUUAGACAAAAGAACCUGGGCAGCGCUCCGCUGGACUACGCCCUCUGCUUGGAAAAGGUGGCGCGCAUGUACCGGGUGAUGGGCAAGUACACCGAGUCGGAGCGCAUGGCCAAGCGGUCGCUCCAGAUCUACAUGGAGUCUCUGGGUGUCGACUACCCCGCGAUCGAGCAGCGCAACACCGCGGCCUUCGUACACUUUCUGGAGGGCAACUGCGCAGCCGCGGAGGAGGGGUUCAAGAAUUCGCUCGCCGCGUCGGAGCGAAGCUACGGGUCUUCGCACCUGUGCGUCGCCCAGUCCCUCGCCGACCUGGCCAUCUUCUAUUGCAAGGUCAAGAAGUACAACGAGGCGGAAGCACUGUUCAAGCGCGCCAUCACUAUAAGGGAGGAGGUGCUGGGAGAGAACAACACACGCAUGGCGGCCUCCCUCCAGCAGCUCGCCUAUCUGUACACCGCGCUGGGUCGCUACUCGGAGGCAACCGACCUGUACAAUCGAUCGCUGGCCAUCUUGCAGAGCUGCCUCGACUCCUCGCACCCGGACAUCACCGAUGCCCUCAACAAGCUCGCUUGGCUGCAGCUCAAAUGCGGAAAUAUCAAAAAGGCUGAUGAGAUCUAUGGCAAGCUGUCCGAGGACAACGAAAACAGCCUGGGCAAGGAGCCACCGACUAUCGUACGCACGCUCUGGGAGCUGUCAGAGUUGUACCAGGCGCUGGGUAAAUACGACCAGGCAGAGGAGGUGAUCAAGCGCGCACUCAUCAUCAAGCAAAACACGCCCGGUCAAAGCGUCACUGACAUUGCCGAGUGGCUCAACAAUCUUGCGGAGCUGCACUACCGCAAGGGCAACUAUGGCGAAUCACUUUUGCUCCAACAGCGCUCUCUGGACAUCAACAUCAAGACCUUUGGCCACAACCACGUUCAAGUGGCGGAGGGACUGCACAACAUGGGCAACCUCUCCUACCGUCAGGGGGACUACGAGACAGCGGAGGAGCUCUACAAGCGGUCUGUGGCGAUCAAGGAGCACAUCCUGGGCCGGCAACACCCCGACAUUGCGGAGUACAUGCACACCUUGGCGUAUCUGUACACCACGCAGGGCAAGUACGAAGAGGCCAAGGGCCUGUACGAAAAGGCCUUUACCAUCCUCCUGCAGACCUUUGGCAUGGCACAGUACGGCAAAGCCGAGGAGCUCUACAGCCAAUCCCUUGCCAUUCGUGAGAAAACAUUCGGCAAGCGGCAUCCCGAUGUUGCCCGGAGCAUGCACGACUUGGCCGAGCUGUACCACGAGCAGGGCAAGUACAAGCAGGCCGAAAAGCUGGUCCACAAAGCCCUGGUCAUCCGCGAACAGUUGCUCGGACCCGAUCACUCCGACGUGGCGCGCAGCUUGACCACCCUCGCCAAACUACACUUUUCCCUGGGCAGCUACACCGAGGCCAAGAGGGAGCACAAGCGGGCGCUGAAGAUCACUACGCAGUUGCUGGGUCCCAACCACAUCAAGGUGGGGCAGAGCCUCCACGAUCUGGCCAAGGUGUACUACCGCCGGGGCACCUAUCAGCGGGCCGAGGAGCUGUUCCAGCGGGCGCUGCAGAUCCGGGAGGCCGCUCUGGGCACCAACCACCCGGACGUGGCGCAGACCAGGGCGUCGUUGGCCUACCUAUUCACCACCCUCGGCAAGUUCAACGAAGCUGAGGAGUACUACAAGAACGCGCUGUCCAUCAUGGAGUCCUGCUUCGGAAGCGACCACCCCGAGGUGGCCCAGAGCUACAACGCCCUCGCCUGGAUCUACUACCGGCAAGCGCGCUAUCAGGAGUCAGAGGAGCUCUACAGGCGCAGCCUGGACAUCCGCAGUCGGUACCUGGGCGAACACCACCCGGACACCGCUCGUUCCUUCCACGAUCUGGCCAUGAUCUGCCUGGCGCAGAGCAAGUACACCGAAGCGGAGGACCUCAACGAACGCGCUCUCGCCAUCCGCGAGAAGGUCUUUGGCAAGACGCACGUGGAAAUUGCCUACAGCAUGCAUAACAUCGCCGAGCUGUACGCCAAGGCCAAGGGGCUCUACAAGCAGUCCAUGCGCAUGCUCGAGAUCGUUCUGGGCGAGGACCACAUCAAGGUGGCCGUGCCCAUGGCCGGCCUGGCCAAGGUGCACUACAAGCUGGGCGAAUACCAGCAGGCAAAACCGCUCUACCAGAAGGGGUUGGCCAUUCAGGAGAAGACCAUCGGCAAGAACCACCCCAACUGCGCCGCCUCGCUCAACGAUCUGGCGUACCUCUACGCCACCCGAGGCCACUACCGCAAGGCGAAAAAAUACUACCAGCGGUCCCUCGCCAUUCUCCAGUCGUCCUACGGCGGCACCAAUCAUCCUGAAAUCGCGCUGGGCCUGUCAUCGCUCGCCUGGGUUUACUACAAGAGGGGAAAGUACAACCGCGCCCAUCUGCUGUACAAACAGUCCUAUAAGAUGCGAAUCGCCGCUAUGGGGCCGGAGCAUCCCUUGGUCGCCCGCUCGCUGCACGAAAUCGCCGAGCUCUACCAGAAGAUCGGUAAGUACGAAGAGGCCGAGACGUUGAACAAGCGGGCGCUCUCCAUCCGCAUGAAGGCUCACGGCACCUCGCACCCCGACGUCGCUCGCAGUCUGUUCAACACGGGCGUGCUGUGCUACUACCAGGGCAAGUACAAGCAGUCGGAGGAGCUGCACCUGGGGGCGCUGCGAAACCUGGAGAAGGCCUACGGUCAGAACAACCCCAAGGUGGCCCAGUGCCUGGACGAGCUGGCCAAGACCUGGGCCAAGAUGGGCAAGCACGACGACUCCAAGGUCUAUCUCCAGCGUGCGCUGACCAUUCGUGAAUCGUGCCUGGGAGGACGACAUCCCGAUUGUGCCGAGUCGCUGCACCACCUGGCCUACCUGGCAGCCACACAAGGGAAAUACGCUGAGUCGGAGCAGUACUACACCAAAGCGCUGGAGAUACUUAAGGGCACCUUUGCCACGGAGGACCACCCGGAGAUUGCGACCACGCAAGCCGAUUUGGCGUGGGUGUAUUUCCGCCAGGGCAAGUACAAGGAGGCGGAGGAGCUCUACGUUCAGUCUCUCAAGGUCCGGCAGACAGCCCUGGGUGAUUCUCACCCCGACGUGGCCAGAGGCCUGCACGACCUGGCCGAGCUGUAUCAAAAGCUGGGCAGAUACGAAGAAGCCGAGCCGCUGCACCAAAAAGCACUCAACAUUCGCGAAUCCAUUUUCGGCCGACUUCAUGCCGACACAGCGCGCAGUUUGAACACGCUCGCCGUACUGUAUCAGCUCCGCGGCAUGGACGAAGAGUCGGAAAAGCUUCAGCUCCGGUCCAUCGAGGUGCUCAAGGAGGUGUUUGGCGAGAGCCACUCCAAGUUGGCCAAGGGCUACGCUGAUCUGGCUGCGCUGUAUGCGCGCAAGGCCGACUACGAGCGCGCCGAAACGCUCUACCAGCAGGCCCUCGACAUGCGCGCCCAGACCCUCGGCCCGACCCACCCCGACUACGCACAGAAUCUUCUGGAGCUGGCGGAACUGUACACCAAGCAGGGUCAGUACGAGCGCGCGAUUCCGCUCUACGAGAAGGUGAUCGAGAUCUGGGAGGACAAGCUGGGCAAGGACCACCCCGACCUCGUCACCGCCCUCGAGUCCUACCACGCCUGUCGACGCGGCCAAUCGCGAGGACCCACUCCCGGCUCACGAGACUGGUCGUCGCUGUUCCUGAUGGCAAGCCAGCGCACACACCAGCCGACCGCUUCACUGGCCAUCAGCCUUUGCCGACUCCUGUUCGGCGGUACCACCGCCCAGAAGCCCUGA